AUGCUAUUCGGAAAGCCGAUCCAUUUCUUGAUGGAGCAGAAGAAAAAGAAGCAAGCGUUGGGAAGCAAUAUGUCCGUUCGCGCAAACGUUGUAUCCGACGAUUCCGAGAUCAUCAUUAACGGAAGCAAGAAGGAGAAGAACGGAGGUGCCGAGAGAGGUGAUGCCGCACCGGCAGCUGUCGCGACAUCUGGAGGAGCGGCACAUGCUACUGCUGCUGCUGCUCAUGAAGAUGAGGCAUUCGGAGACAUUAUGGUCCACCAAGCUAUCCAUACUAUCGAAUACGUCCUGGAGCUAUCCGAAGUGCUUUGGGAAAUGGUGCUACACAACUCGUUUGGACUAAGCGGAAUUUUUGGAUACAUCGCUCUUUACGUAAUCUUCUUUGUCUUCGCUGUGCUUACCUUCUCAAUCCUUGUACUGAUGGAAGGCCUAUCCGCAUUCUUGCAUGCUCUCCGUCUACAUUGGGUGGAGUUCCAAUCCAAGUUCUACCUGGGUCUUGGCUACGGCUUCGAACCCUAUUCAUUCAAGAAGGCACUCAUGGUGGAGUAA